GCCGUCAGGCUGGAGACGUCACCCGGUUGCGCCAAGUAAGAUCACUGCUUACCAGUUGAUGGGAGGAGGCUAGAGGGAAGCUGCUGGGUCAGGAUCAUGCCUAACAGAGAGAGCUUUCCCGGGCAGCAGAGGCUGGUGGGCUUGGGGUGAAAGAAGCAGGGCAGAUGCAAAAUCUGGAGAGCGCGGGGGCCGGGCGGUCAGUCAGCACCCAGACUGGCAGCAUGACCGGUCAAAUGCCAAGACUUUCUAAAGUCAACCUUUUCACUCUGCUCAGUCUCUGGAUGGAGCUCUUCCCAGGAGUAGAAGCCCCAAAGCAAAAAUCUCAGGAAAAUGAAGAAGACAAAUGUGGACCCUUAGGAGAUGAUAAAGAGAUGGCCAGAGAAUCUACUGACAAAAAACAGGUGAAGAAAACUGGUCUCGUGGUGGUGAAAAACAUGAAAAUUGUUGGUCUCCAUUGUUCUAGUGAAGAUCUACAUGCUGGGCAAAUUGCUCUUAUUAAACAUGGGUCAAGGCUGAAAAACUGUGAUCUUUAUUUUUCCAGAAAACCAUGUUCUGCUUGUUUGAAAAUGAUUGUAAAUGCUGGAGUUAAUCGAAUUUCAUAUUGGCCUGCUGAUCCAGAAAUAAGUUUGCUUACUGAGGCUUCUAGUUCUGAAGAUGCAAAGUUAGAUGCCAAAGCUGUGGAAAGACUGAAGUCAAACAGUCGGGCCCAUGUGUGUGUCUUACUUCAACCUUUGGUGUGUUAUAUGGUGCAGUUUGUAGAGGAGACUUCCUACAAAUGUGACUUUAUUCAAAAAAUCACAAAGACAGUACCAGAUGCUAACAUUGACUUUUAUUCUGAAUGUAAACAAGAACGAAUAAAAGAAUAUGAAAUGAUAUUUUUGAUUUCAAAUGAAGAAAUGCAUAAGCAAAUCCUGAUGACUAUAGGUCUGGAGAACCUGUGUGAAAAUCCCUACUUUAGCAAUCUGAGGCAAAACAUGAAAGACCUUAUCCUAAUCUUGGCCACAGUAGCUUCCAGUGUGCCCAGCUUUAAACACUUUGGAUUUUAUUGUAGUAAUCCAGAACAGAUUAAUGAAAUUCACAAUCAAAGUUUGCCACAAGAAAUUGCAAGGCACUGCAUGGUUCAGGCCAGGUUAUUGGCAUAUCGGACUGAGGAUCAUAAAACAGGAGUUGGAGCAGUCAUUUGGGCAGAAGGAAAAUCUAGAAGCUGUGACGGAACUGGAGCUAUGUACUUCAUAGGAUGUGGCUAUAAUGCCUUUCCUGUUGGAUCUGAGUAUGCUGACUUCCCACAUAUGGAUGACAAACAGAAAGACAGAGAAAUAAGGAAAUUCAGAUACAUCAUACAUGCUGAACAAAAUGCCUUGACAUUUAGGUGUCAAAAAAUAAAACCAGAAGAAAGAAGCAUGAUUUUUGUGACAAAAUGCCCAUGUGAUGAAUGUGUACCUUUAAUUAAAGGUGCUGGCAUAAAACAAAUCUAUGCAGGGGAUGUAGAUGUUGGAAAAAAGAAGGCAGACAUCUCUUACAUGAGGUUUGGGGAACUUGAGGGUGUUAGCAAAUUUACCUGGCAGCUGAAUCCAUCUGGAGCUUAUGAUCUUGAACAAAACGAGCCUGAAAGGAGAGAAAGCAAAUAAAGAAGCUGAAGCUCCUUGAAGUGAAGUAACUAGGCCAAAGAUCUACACCCCAUGAGUGGUAAAGCCAGAAUUCAAAGCUCAGUAGUCUAUUUCUAGAAUCCAUGCUCUUCUGCUUUGUCAUAUCACCACUUUAAACCAGGAAGAAGAAUCAGAAAUGUCUACCUUGGUGAGGAGAAGUGUCCAGGAAGUGGUGAAGUGUGUCUUGAUGUGUUGCGAUCAUGGGAGUCAACCAAACCACAGAAUGUAGAACCAGUGGUGGAAAGCACAGCGACACAUAUCGUGGCUUGACAAAGAGAAAAACUCUCAGUGAUAGUCUGAAUUGUCCAGAAUUGUCCUCCCUCAUGAGGCAGUAAGCUCCCUGUCACCAUGGAGGUGGGAGCACAAGAUGUCACAGGAGGAAUAUUGAUGGGUACCCUCCCUCCAUGUAAUGCUUUGAUUGAGGUGGCAUUUAGGAGGCAAGCAUCUCUCUCUCCCAAGGGAUGUUUGUAAAGAGACUAGAGAUAUUUCACUUGCACAGAAAGGAGUUUGGGGGAGAAAGAAUCCAUGUUAUCAUGGUCCAAGGAACUACAUCAGGACCUUCUCUGGUUCUCUUAACUGGAAAAGAUCUCUCUCCUGCACAUUCCUAUAUCAUGUUAUACUCAGACUUCUCUUAUAACACUGAAAAAAAAGUACAGUUGUUAAAAAGUCAGUGGAUAAGUUAAGCCACUAUUUACUAAAGGGCACACUGUUGGUAUUUUGAUUGAUAAAGCUUUCUAGUGCGGGGCAUUGCCCCAUGGAUUAUGGGACAUUUAGCAUCCCUAACAGAGCGAGCCAUGCAAAUCACAGGCGCGAUGAUAAACUAUUUAAUAUGUAGUGCUGGAAAAUGGUUAAUGCAUGUAGAAAAACUGAUAAUGAAUUUUUACCUCACAUAAUACUCAAAAUUCCAUAUGAAUUAAAGAGACAAAGCAAAUUUCAAGUUUUAGAAGAAAAUACAGAAUUUUUUAUGACCUGAAAUAGGAAGAACAACUUAAGCAGAAUACAAAUAAUGCUGACUAUAAAAGAAAAACUUGACAAAUUAUAGAAUACAUUCCAAGUAAGGGCUUAUCUUCUCCAAAAGACAUUAUCAAGAAAGUGAAAGGGAGCUGGGGUUGUGGCUCAGUGGUACAGUACUUUUGAGGUCCUGGUUUCGAUCCUCAGCACCACAUAAGAUUAAAUAAAUAAAAAAGAAAGAAAUUGAAAGGACCAGUCAUCCCCUGGAAGAACAGAUUUUCCACUAACGUAAAAAAAAAAAAAAAUUCUACUAACUGAUAAGGAUAAAAAUUAAUAGAAAAAUGUUUCUUUUGGGUAUUUACAUCAGCAGAAAUGUAAAUGUCUGAUAAACAUAUGAAAGAUGAUCAUACUCAGUAGUGGUCGGAGAAAGGCCAAUUAAGAUCACAUUGAAGCAAUGUUUUUAUACCUAUUGGAUUUAUACAAUUCAAAUUUGCCAAUACCAACUGCUAGUGAGGAUGUGGAUUAUUAGAAAUUUUUAUAUGUUGCUAGGGAGAUUGAAAGUUUUACAACCACCUUGGAAAAUAAUUAGACAUUAUCUUUGUAAAGCUGAACAUGCAUGUAUGUACUCCAUGACCCAGUAAUUUCAACUUCUAAGAAAUCUUGCAUCUUGUAUAAAAGACCAAAAUAUAACAAAUUCAUUGCAAUGUUAUUCUUAAAAACAAAAACUGAAAAUGACACAGAUAUUUAGCUUGUGAGAUUACAUUUAAAAUAUAGUAUAUUCUCACAAUGAACUACAACAUAACAGUGAAAAUAAGUGAACUAUUGCUACAUUCUUUGACACAGGUGAAUCUCAAAAAGAUAAAUGUUGAACAAAAAAAUACAGAAGACUAUCUUUUGAAUUUCUGUAUAAAGUUUAAAAAGAAACCAAAUAGCAUAUUGUUUAAUGUAUGUAGUAAAAUCGUUAAGAAACAAUAGAAAGAUAAACACAAAAUUCAAGAUAGUGGUUACAUCUGAAUGGGGAGAAGGGAUGAGAAGAGAGAAGGAAGGCAACUGAUAAUGUUGUAGCCAUUAUUUGGGACAGUAGCUUUUAAUUUUUUCUCUUCUAUGCAAACAGUUACUGCAAAUUUAAGCAAGAUAAUUAUUUGGAGCAGUAGAUUCUUAAGUGUUUAUUUUAUUAUUGGGCUUUAGACCUCCCUUCUGUAUUACAUAUAUUCUCU